AUGGGGAUGUCUAAAAAUCUCAAGGUUGUUCUAUCUCUCGUUUUCCUAGUGUUCUUGGCUCUUGUAGCCACCACGACUGAGGCAAGAGACCCCAAGUAUAUUGACUAUAGAGGCAUUGCCGCUGGAGAUCAUGCAAGGAAUUGUGAUAAAGCACGCCCUUGGACCUGCAAGAAGGAUGAUGCCAAUGAUUACAGUCGAGGAUGCACUAAGGAAAACCGUUGCGACCGAGCAGCUGGGAUCGGUAGAAGCCUGUGA